AUGCCGCUUCCGGUGCCAACCCCGGGAUCACAGCAGACCCCGCCGUCCCCCAGGCUCUACGGCAUCUCCGCCCCCAUCAGCUUAGCCGCCCCCAAGGAGACGGACUGCGUCCUUACCCAGAAGUUAAUCGAAACCCUGAAGCCCUUCGGGGUUUUGGAAGAGGAAGAGGAACUGCAGCGCAGGAUUUUAAUUUUGGAAAAAUUAAAUAAUCUGGUAAAGGAAUGGAUACGAGAAAUCAGCGAAAGCAAGAGUCUUCCGCCAGCUGUCAUUGAAAAUGUCGGAGGCAAAAUCUUUACGUUCGGCUCGUACCGGCUGGGCGUGCACACGAAGGGCGCCGACAUCGACGCGCUGUGCGUGGCGCCGAGACAUGUUGACCGCAGCGACUUCUUCACCUCCUUCUAUGACAAGCUGAAACUGCACGAGGAAGUGAAGGAUUUAAGGGCUGUGGAGGAGGCGUUUGUACCAGUUAUUAGACUGUGUUUUGAUGGGAUAGAGAUUGAUAUUUUGUUUGCAAGAUUAGCACUGCAGACUAUUCCAGAAGAUUUGGACCUAAGAGAUGACAGUCUGCUUAAAAAUUUAGAUAUUAGAUGCAUAAGAAGCCUUAACGGUUGCCGGGUAACCGAUGAAAUACUACACCUAGUACCAAACAUUGACAACUUCAGGUUAACGCUCAGAGCCAUCAAAUUGUGGGCUAAAUGCCACAAUAUCUAUUCCAAUAUACUAGGUUUCCUAGGAGGCGUUUCCUGGGCCAUGCUAGUAGCAAGAACUUGCCAGCUUUAUCCAAACGCAGUAGCAUCAACUCUUGUACGGAAAUUUUUCUUGGUAUUUUCUGAAUGGGAGUGGCCAAAUCCAGUGCUACUGAAAGAGCCUGAAGAACGAAAUCUUAAUCUGCCUGUAUGGGACCCAAGAGUAAAUCCCAGUGACAGGUACCAUCUUAUGCCUAUAAUCACACCAGCAUACCCACAGCAGAACUCCACAUACAACGUGUCGGUUUCAACAAGGAUGGUCAUGAUUGAGGAGUUUAAACAAGGGCUGGCAAUCACACAUGAGAUUUUGCUGAGUAAGGCAGACUGGUCCAAACUUUUCGAAGCUCCAAGCUUCUUUCAAAAGUACAAGCAUUACAUUGUACUUCUAGCACGUGCACCAACAGAAAAACAACAUCUAGAAUGGGUGGGCUUGGUGGAAUCAAAAAUCCGAAUCCUGGUUGGAAGUUUGGAGAAGAAUGAAUUUAUCACACUGGCCCAUGUGAAUCCUCAGUCAUUUCCAGCACCCAAAGAAAAUCCUGACAAGGAAGAGUUUUGUACAAUGUGGGUGAUUGGGUUAGUGUUAAAAAAGCCAGAAAACUCCGAAGUGCUCAGUAUUGAUCUUACCUAUGAUAUCCAGUCUUUCACAGACACAGUUUAUAGGCAAGCAAUAAAUAGUAAGUUGUUCGAGAUGGAUAUGAAAAUUGAUGCAAUGCAUGUAAGAAAAAAGGAACUUCAUCAGCUUCUACCUAAUCAUGUGCUUCAGAAAAAGAAAACACAUUCCACGGAACAUGUCAGAUUGACAGCUUUGAAUGAUAGCAGUCUUGACUUGUCUGCAGCCAGUGAAAACAGCACAUCUGUUCCUUCACCUGUGAGUGCUAUGAAGACUGGCCCAGUAACUGGCACCUGCCAGGGUAGAAACAGUCCCACGCUGGCUGUAAUGGCAGCAUCUGUGACCAGCGCUCAGGUUGCUGAAGUUUCCUUGCAGCAAGCGAAUCCCAGUGAGGGCCCAGGAGGUGCAGCGAGUGAAAGCAUUCCUCAGCCUGCGCCACAAGCAGCCGUUUCUCCACCACCGAAGACUACAAUCACUAGAGUUGUUUCUUCAACGCUUUUGGUAAACCAUCCACCCAGGCCUUCAGGGAGCACAGCAACAAACAUAGCUAAUCCCAUAGUAGGAGUCUAGAGGACUGCCUCACCUCAUAAAGAAGAAAGGACCGAGGAA